AAACCGCCCACCGAGCCACGUGCUCGUUCUCGCGACGUCGUUACCAGGCAACAGAGACAAACACCUGGGCGACAUGGCAAAGUUCGUAUUGGCCGGUAAAGCCGACUGCCCGUAUUUUGCCAAGGCGGAGCUCCUGGCAGACAAGCUGGAGAAGAUGCUUCCCAACUUCCAUAUCCAUAAGAUCAUUCAGCACCCGGACGAGUGGGAGCGGUGGCUGCAGGAGAUGUGCCAGAGUAACGGCUGGGUGCACAGCAAGAGCCCCAUAGUGUGGCGGGAACUGCUGGACCGUGGGGGCAAAGGCCUUCUGCUUGGGGGCUUCAACGACUUUCUGGAGCAUGCACAGAUCUACUAUGGCGUCACGUCAGACAUGCCCACCGACACCAUGCUGGACAUCGCAACUGAGAACCUGGAGACGUGUGCAGCCCUGAUGGAAGAAAAGGCGCAGCUGCAGAGUCAGGUGGAGUCCUUCAAUGUGUGGGUCACCAGUGCCCUCAGCCUGGCUGCCUAUGCCCUGACGCCAUUCCUCUGUAACGGUGACACCUUUGGCCAGAAGCGGGUGAGCCUGCACCUCCUGGAUGGCGGUGACUGCGAGGAGCAGCUGUGUGCCCUCAAGAUGGAGUUGGAGGACACUGCCCUGCCCCCACUCCUAGGGGUCGAGGUGCACUCAGACCUUCACAAUGCCUUCUUGGAUGCCCACGUGGUCAUCUUCCUGGAUGAAGUCGAGGACGAGGGGCCCAACCAGCAGACCCCCGAGAGCCAGAUUGAGCGGGUGGCUCAGCGCUAUCAGGAGUAUGGACACCUGAUUGACAGUAAUGCCCACAGGGAUGUGCGGGUGGUGGUGGCGGCCACCGUUUAUGCCAAUCUGAAGUGCUGCGUCCUGGCACAGAGUGCACCGUCCUUCCCAAGCGGCCGAUUUGUGGCCCUGGCGACACACAUUGAGAAUCGAGUGAAGCAUCACCUGGCCACAAAAAUGGCCGUCCAUGCAGCAGGUGUCACCAACGUCACCGUGUGGGGUAACAUCAGCGGCAGUACCCACAUUGACCUAACAAGGGCACGGGUCUACAGGUAUGAUGGCGCCACCUGGGGUCCCCCGGAAUUCUCACAACCCAUCCUGGAAGUCAUAUACGACAGGAAGUGGCUAGAAACGGAGUUCCUGACCGUGGUCAACAGCCUGUCACCGAGCCAAGGACACAGGAGCCUGCCCGUCAUCCACGCUGUGGUCACUCUUCUGCAGAAGUGGUUCGGCCAGUCCAUCGCUGUGGGGUUGCAGUCCCUCGGGGUGGUCAGUGAGGGUGCCUUUGAGGUGCCCGCCGGGCUCGUCUUUGCAGUGCCAGUGUACUUCAGCAGCGGGACAUGGAUGGUAGCCACUGACCAGGAGCUGACCCCAGAAGCCAAGGAGAAGCUGGCAGCCAUUGUCACAGAGCUCUCACUGGAAAAAGAAGCUGCCUGGAAGCACCUGAAUCCGCCUGGCCCAGCAUGAGAUGGAUGCCCACCAAAUACCCACUCUGAGACAGAGGAACAAAUAAAAGUGCCAUCUAGCCU